AGUUUUGAAUUUGCUCUCGACCGAGCCAACCUCGUCCUACACCAUGUGGCAUCUUCCCAGCCUGCCCGAGCCCAUGCUGGCCGCGCCACGCACGCUCCUCGACGCCGACUCGUUCGACGAGGAGUUCAAGACGCUCUUCAAGCAGACGUUGCAAAAGCCGACCUCGAGCUACGUCGAUGUCUUUGCCUACGACGACGACAUCACCACGACCGGGCCUGCGUCGCCGGUCGCUGCCGACGACAUUGAUUGCUUCUUCUUCAGCACGUACUCGCAGCCGAUCGAGAUCGACUACCGCCGUCGGCGAACGUGCUCCAUGGAGAGCUACGAAGACCGCGACUUGCGCCUGCGCCGCCGCGUCGCAUACGAAGACGACGACGACGAAGAUACGCUCUUGCCGUCGUCCAAGGCGACCCGCGCGCUGGACGACGACGCCGACGACAUCUUCUUGCUCGAGCUCUAAGCCCAUCGCUGUAGUCGUUAGUAGUAGUUUAGUCGUCGAGCCACCGAUCGAUAGCGCAUCAUCACGUCCCCUUCGCCGUACCUAAUCCAUCUCUUAUUUAUCCUCCUCUUCCACUCGA